AUGCUCACAACAGAGCAAAUCGAAGAUCUUUCAGAGAAUUUUAAGACGGUGUAUCAAGAUGGCACGGGGUUUUUGCCACAUAGCGAUCUUCAGGCCGCAUUGAAAGUGUUGGGUAUCGAUAUACCAGGAUACAAGAUGCGUGAAUUAUCCGAUCGAUAUGGUUUUUCAAAUUCCGACAAAGUGGAGUUGUCACGAUUUGCCCUCUUAUUCGAUGAAUUGGAUCAGGCUAAACAUCAAGAGACUAACCGAUGGAAAGAAAGAUUGGUAAGUGGUGCGUAUCAAAUCCCGAGUGAUAAGCAAGAAAACACUGUACAUACGAUCAGAACAGAGGAGGAGGUAGCCUUCUCUAAUUGGAUUAAUUCCAAUUUGUCUGACGACCCUGACCUCAAGCGGUUGCUGCCUGUUAUUCCUGAAGGAGACGAUUUGUAUACCAAAAUUCAGGAUGGUUUGAUUAUUUGCAAACUCGUAAACUUGGCCGUUGCCGGUACCAUCGAUGAGAAAGCAAUUAAUAAGAAGAAUUUGAAUACAUACACAAAAUUGGAAAAUUUAACUCUGGCACUGAUGUCUGCUCAGGCAAAUGUCAAUCGCCGUUUGACAAAUUUCACCACUGAUAUCAAUGAUUCCGAAAUUUACACUCAUCUUCUACAUCAAAUAGCACCCAAUGGCUGUGGCGUCACUUUGGCUCCUCUUUCACAAAAGGGUAAUAUCAACCGUGCAGCAGCUAUGUUAGAUGAGGCGGAAAAGUUGGACUGCCGUGAGUUCGUCACUCCCAAUGAUGUCGCUAGUGGAAACUACAAAUUGAAUCUUGCAUUCGUUGCAAAUCUCUUCAACAAACAUCCCAAUCUACCCGAUCCGGCUGCUGAUGAGAUCGUCGAGGAAGUAGUCGAGGAAACGCGCGAGGAGAGAACAUACAGGAAUUGGAUGAAUUCGAUGGGCGUGAACCCAUACGUCAAUUGGCUCUACAGCGAUCUACAGAAUGGGGUCAUAAUUUUCCAGCUCUACGAUAUAAUUCGCCCUGGAAUCGUACAAUGGAAGCGAGUGGUACGCGUGUUCCAUAAGUUGAGGGGUAUGAUGGACCAAAUCCAGAAUUGUAACUAUGCUGUAGAACUCGGCAAGCAAUUACGAUUCUCAUUAGUUGGUAUCCAGGGCAAGGAUAUCUAUGAUGGAAAUCAAACCCUCACAUUA